AUGGGGCGCUUGCCGCACAACGAUAAUGCAACUCAACACCACCAGAGCCCCACCACCGGCACUCCUCCUCCGCCACCUGAAGAAGACCUUUACGAACCGCCUCCCGGCUACCAACCUCCUCCUGCAUUCACCAAGCCAACAACUAACCGUCAUGAUAAGCCGGUGGCCGCGCAAGCCUUCCCUCCUCCUCAAGACCUAACAGUAGAAUCUUUCCCUCCAAAUCAAAAUAUUCCAACGCCGGCUCCUUUUAAUCCUCCUCCUUUCCAUGGGGUACAAGUGGGAAUUGUGGCUAAGGAAAAUCAGCCAUGGAAGUCUAAUCUUUUCGAUUGCAUGAAAGAUCCCCAAAAUGCUAUCAUAACCCUAUGUUUCCCAUGCGUGACAUUCGGGCAGAUCGCUGAAAUUUUGGACAACGGGAGCACAUCAUGUGCGACAAGCGGAAUACUGUACUCGUGCAUCGCGUGCUGCUUAGGAGUGCCGUGCCUGAUAUCAUGCGGGUAUCGGAGCAAGUUGAGAGCAAAGUUUGGGCUGGUAGAGUCCCCUGCGCCAGAUUGCCUCAUUCAUUGCUUUUGCGAGUACUGCUCCCUCUGUCAAGAAUAUAGAGAGCUCAAAGACAGAGGCUUCGACCCUUCUAUUGGACAUGCGGGAAAUGAGGCAAGGCAAAGGCGGCAGCAAUUUGGAGUGACUCCUCCAAUGCAGCAAAGGAUGAUGUGA